GGUGAGUUACAUGGUCAACAACCGAUCCUUCUCUUGGCAAUCAGAACUCAAAUACAUCGUCGUUCCACCUUACGGCUGCGGUCUUCCUUUGCCAUUCCCUCCACUAACACCAUCCCCUCUAUCUCAGAACACGCAAAACCACCGUCAUGGAUUCCACCAACAGCUCAUCGUCUUUAAGUCACAACACCCACGGCAUAAAGAUAAUCAACGCCGCGCUCUUCCGAAUGGGCACCAAAUCCAUGGCGCAUGCCUACCAAAUCCUAGGCUUCAACCCCCAUCACGGCCUGCUUGAGGGCACAAUGGAUUCACCCUGGACACAACUGGAACAAGCAGCCGAAGCGACCUGGCCAUUUGUCCCUGAAGCACCAGCAGUUCCGCGCCCACCUUUUAGACGCUCCGACUGGGACGCAAUCUGGGCUGCCCGGGGAUACGACGUCGUCACCGACCUUGCCUCGCCCUUUGCCGUCGAGUUGAUUAAGGCGUACCCUGAGGCAAAAGUGGUUGUGGUACAACGCGACUUCGAGAAGUGGUGGCCCAGCUUCAAAGAGGAGGUGCUUGAUGGGGUCUUGAUACAGCCCAUGGCCACCAUCUAUGGAUGGAUGGGGUGGAACGUGAUGGGCAUCCGGGCUGUCCAUGCAAUGCGGAAGAUACAUUUUGGGUUGUUUCAUGCGAAGACUUUGCAGGGGAUUUACGCCAAUGCGCGCAGGACGUAUGACGACUAUUUUGCGGAAAUCAGGAAGCUGGUACCCCCUGAGCGGAGACUCGAGUACAAGAUGGGGGAUGGAUGGCAACCACUGUGCGAAUUCCUCGGUGUACCUGUUCCAGAUGUACCGUUUCCGCAUGCUAAUGAGCGAGAGGCUCAUCAGCAGGAGGCUAGAAGGAGGCUGGGGGAGUUUUACAUGAGUACCGUAAGGAUGAUGAUGCCAUGGGUUGUCGCCGUUUUGGCUGUGGGUUGGGUUUGGUAUCGUCGGGCAUGACCAGACACCCAGGCCUCCAGUCAACUGCAAUGAGAGAGAUUGGAAACUUGUUCUCACUUCACUACCUAAGUUCACUGGAUGUUCAUAUUUUGGGUGUUCAUCCCACUCGUCACUACAUAGAGUCAUAGACGGCUGACCUGAGCCAUAUCUAUUUCCCUACCAGGCUACCUGUAUCAACCGACAAUUGAGAGAA